CUGCUAUAUCCAAGCCAGUUCACAGUCACCAUCAUGGCAGCGUCUCCUUUCGGCUACCGUCUAGCCCAUGCAAUCGGCCUCAGUGGGGCAGCUUGGCUUUCAGGCAACAUCGCUGCGCUGAGUCUGAUUUCAGUGCCGGCCCUGGCCGAGACGCAGAGGGAGACCUCAGCACCCCAGGGUCUUAUUGUCAAGCUGUGGCGCAAGGUCUACGACAAGGGCAAGGCUCAAAACCCGCCUGUCGCAGCUGCCACGGCCACCGCGUUUCUCUACCUCGCCUGGUCGGUUCGCGCCGGCGGUCCUCUUUUCCGGCAUAGCCAGUAUAGUCUCACGGGAUUGUACACCACCGCGGCGAUUUUGACCUUGAGUAUUGUGCCAUAUACUAUUGUCACCAUGCGACCCACCAACAACGCCUUGAUCCGAUUGGCGCAGACCCCCGAGGAUCUGACAUCCGCCGGGGUGAAAGAAAGUAGCACCCUGCUCAACCGCUGGGUGUUUUUGAAUGGGAUCCGGAGUCUUCUACCUUUGGUGGGUGGGAUGCUGGGUGUAACUGCAGCUCUCCUUUGAAUAAAGAAUUGGUCAAGGGGCCGGCGGACGGAUAUGCGUGCGAUUUGGUGCCUUUUUUUGCCUCUUUCCCCAUCUCCUCCCGUUUAUCUCUCUCUCUAUCCUUUGCCUGGGCUGCUCUUCAUCGGCGGUCAACAACAGCAGAUACCUGCCUACUUCUAGCAGGUCCUCUUUCUGCCGCGAUACUUCUGGUUUAUGCACAGCACCACACAUGUGCGAGUGUUCC